AUGGGAGUCUUGUUUUCCAAACCCGAUGAUACUUUUCAACAAGUGCAAUUUGAGGUUCAGAUUCAACGCGAUGAAUUGGUGAAAACUGAGAAGAAAUACACUCUUGAAAUCACAAAUUAUGGGAACAAAGCAAAGGAACUGAACAGAGUAGGUGAUAGAGAGAAUGCACUCCGAGUCCUUAAACUCAGAAAAAUCCGACAGAGGCAACUUACAGAGGUGACAAACCAGCGGAACAACAUAGAGAUACAGGUUUGUAGUAGCUUUG